AUGUCUGGUGGUUGGAAUGAUAGGUCAUGGUGGCCUGAGCCGGAUGGUAUGGAUGGGAAAGGAGUUAUCUGCUUUUUAGAAGCUGAUGUAUCUUUGGCAAGGGAAAAUUUGGACCAAAUCCUUGUCGCGUAUAAAGAAAAUCCUGAAAAAGUAAAGGAAAGCUUGAAGUACAAAGAUGAGGUUAUGAAUCGGAAAGAAGUUCUGGAAAAGGAAAAGUAUAGGUCGCCCUUGUACAAGGUUGGAGGCAGCGAAGUGAAACGCAGGAAACGGGGACUAGUUUCCGAUGAUGACGACACGCCAAAGGAAUCAUUCGUCAUCAAGGUCUUUGAGAGGAGUGUUGAUUUUGGGCAGUUCCCAGAAAAUGCUCCCCUUUAUCCUAUGGCUCGUGCCUGGAUUCGCAAUCUUAGUCAAACAGAUAAGUCAUCGUGGAAUGACAUUCCGAAUACUGAUGAUGACCGAGAAGGCACUGAUCAGCUGCCCGACUGCCAUUAUGCUCUGCCGAAGCCAAAUGAUGGGCUUACCGAUAGUCAAGUACGCGUCCCGCAGCCUCUACCCUCGUCUGGUCAGCCUUUUGUGAUAAACGUUGAGAAUCCUCCAAAAGAGAUGUCUCCGGAAGGCUUAUUGGAACAGCACAUAACCCGCUGGCGCGAAAUCCGUCGAAAAUGGAAAGCGGCUUGCAGAGAGAACGAAGAACGCUACAGAGACUCCUACAUUAUUCUGCGGGAAAUGUAUGACAAAUUUUGCAAAGAUCUCCCAUAG